CGCAAAUAAUUAGUUGAUGCCCGGCUGAUUCCAAUCAGCACCCUUGUGAACUCUCGCUCCAAGUUAGGGUUGGCAACGGGGCUUGGUGGGAGUGGACAUUACUAUCCCGUCCCCGAUUCACCCAUCCCUAUCCAUCCCAAUUCCAGUCCUGACCCAAUCUCCGCCGGAGAUUUCUUUUUACUCUCCAUCUCCAUUCCAAAUGGAAAACAAGAAAAAUUAUUUAAUGUCUUUGAGGCACUGCGUGGUGAUGUCUCAACCAUAAAUUUGUGUGGUCUCCGGUACAAAAUGUGUGUGGAGUCCAGACAAACGUGAUGUGAUAGAAAAGAGUUUGGGGCACUAUCACCGCCAUGUGAUGACCAGCAAUAUUGAAUAAUUGCUCGAAAAAACCCAACGAGAUCCCGCAGGAAAUGAGGAUCCAAACGUUUUAAAAAAGUUUGGAACACCGCUACGCAGUGACCAAAGACAUUGAAGGAUUACUUGGGAAACGGGAUCCCGCGGGGAUUGGGGGAUCCAAACGUUUAAAAAAAGUAAGCUGUGUAGUAGAGUACGUGAAUGCAACUUCAACCUCAUCUUGUGUCGAUAACCUGUUUGACGAAAAGCCCAACUGAUCUUCCACUCGAUUUCAUCCCUACACUGUAUUCGUCUCUCGAAAGGGGGUAAGAAUCUAGCCAUGGAAAUCGGCCACUGCUACCUAGACGGCAACCCCGACGCCGUGGAGUUCUGUCCCCAUGACUCGUUCCGCCGCGUCCUCGCCGCCUCGACGUACACGCUACAAGAGGGUGAUCGUCCGAAUCGAUCCGGAAGCAUAUCGCUCUUCAACGUAGACGCCGAAGCUCCACGCCUCCAGCUGUUCCAUCGUGUGGAAACGGCGGGCAUUUUUGAUAUCAAGUGGAGUCCUGGCGGAACCGGUGCUGCCCCCUUGCUCGCUCAAGCCGAUGCCGAUGGGUACUUGAGGGUUCAUCGCCUCGAUUGCUGUUCGGAUGGGUUGGAAGAUAGAGAACAAUUGGAUACUCUGCCUGAUGAGGGGAAUUUUCUGAAAGAGGUCAGUGGUGAACAGGUGAGUUCCUCAAUGUGCCUAUGCUUGGACUGGAAUCCCUCAGCUACGUCCAUCUCUGUGGGCCUUUCAGAUGGUUCACUAUCAAUAAUCUCGCUUAUGGAGUCCAAACUAGAUAUCCAACAAGAAUGGAAAGCACAUGAAUUUGAACUUUGGGCUGCAUCUUUUGAUAUACACCAACCACAACUAGUAUACUCUGGCUCGGAUGACUGCAAAUUCAGCUGUUGGGAUUUGCGGGACUGUCCGUCAAAUUUGGUAUUCCAGAAUUCCAAGAUCCAUAAGAUGGGUGUAUGUUGCAUUACAAAGAGUCCUAGUGACCCUCAUACGUUAUUCACCGGCAGUUACGACGAGUACCUAAGAGUAUGGGAUGUGAGAUCAAUAUCUAAGCCCGUAAAUGAAACAUCAAUUUGUUUAGGCGGAGGAGUUUGGAGAAUUAAGCACCACCCCUUUAUUCCAGGCUUGUUAUUGGCUGCUUGUAUGCACAAUGGCUUUGCAGUUGUCAAGAUUGAAGGAGAAAAAGCAGAGGUUAUUGAAACUUAUAAUAAGCAUGGAUCACUUGCAUAUGGAGCAGAUUGGCAGAGAGGCCAGGUUUGUCUAGAAGGCAAAAGGAAGAGUGGUGUGAUAGCUACUUGUUCAUUUUAUGACCGUCUUCUUCGAGUAUGGAUGCUGGGAAGUGGUUUAGCUAUCUAAAUUGGUGUAGUGUUGAAUCUUCCUAUUCGGUGACCAUAUGGGGCUCUCUGUGUUGCGUUACUUCAAGCCAAGAAGAGGCAAUGGCGGAUUCCGGGGAAGGUCUUUGUUGUUUCUAUUUUUCAUUCAUGCUGUAAAUUAGCUACUGAUGCAGGGAAGCGUGUAAGCUUGGAAUGCCUAAAGUGGUACUCCUCCUCUUUGGCUACUGCAUCAGCUACUAUAUACAUUCCUAGGGACAAAAGAAAAGUUGUCCAAGAUUCCGUGCUUAAGUUGUAUGUGUUGUUAAAUGCUGAAGCUAUUGUUAGUGAUACAUUGUUACUGGGAAUGAAUGCAUGUUUUAGUGCGUUUUGUC